CUUUUCACUUGAAUUUCUCUUCUUAUACAAUGCCAAACCCCUCUCUCUAUAUAUAUUUAUCAGAACUUAUCAUACAUCCAUUUCAACUUAACAAACAUUAAAGAUUUUAACAAAUGGAGGAUCUCCCAACUGGGUUUCGGUUUUAUCCGACUGAAGAGGAGUUAGUUUCCUUCUAUCUACUCAACCAGCUUGAGGGACAGAAACAAGAGCUGCAUGAUGUCAUUCCAGUUAUGAACCUCUAUGACAUAGAGCCAUGGCAGCUUCCGAAGUUUGCUGGAAGGUCAUGCCAAGGAGAUACUGAGCAGUGGUUUUUCUUCACGCCGAGACAGGAGAGAGAAGCACGGGGUGGGCGACCCAGCAGAACUACACCUUCCGGGUACUGGAAGGCCACGGGCUCUCCUAAUUAUGUUUACUCCUCCGAUAAUCGAGUGAUUGGAGUGAAGAAGACUAUGGUUUUCUAUAAGGGAAAGGCUCCAACUGGGAGAAAAACCAAAUGGAAAAUGAAUGAGUAUAGAGCCAUUGAAGGAGGAGCCAAUCCAUCCAAGGAUGCUAUUCCAAGGCUUCGGCAUGAAUUCAGUUUGUGUCGAAUCUAUGUGGUGUCUGGAAGCUUUCGAGCAUUUGACAGACGCCCCUUAGAUGCUUCAGUAAGAGAGACACGACCUCCUGCUGAUGGGGCUACAACAUCAACUCAGGACACCACAACAGUAGCCAGGACAAGCUCACCAGAAACUUCGUACUCUGGAGAGGACCAUAUUGAUCUUCCAGAGACUACAGGAGAUACCAAUUUGAGGAUGGUUGAUAAUCAAGAAAUGCCUCUAUGGGACUGGGAAGAGCUGGAUUGGCCUUGAUUAAACCAUUGGUGGGUCUCUGAAGGCUGCAAGACAGCCCUUUUCCACUUUGUUUCUACAACAAGAAUGUGCAACCAUGAAAGUAGAUUACCUUACUACGUAGCAUAAAUAUUUAUAUAUAUAUUCAAUAAAACUAUGUAUAUUCAGUUUUGAGAGUAUCCAAGAUAACAUGUCAUUAUGUAUUGAGUGAUUUUUGAAUUAAAGAUAAAGUACCACCUAAUCACAUGAUAUAAAAUUAUUUGAGUACCUAA